AAUAAAUGAAAUUAAAGCCAAAUUUAUAAAUAAUAAAUAAGCAACAACAAAAAAAUACCAAUAAAUAAAUAUGUUUCAAUUGUUGGCAAUUGAAUUUUAAGAAAUGUUUUAAUAAAAUAAAAUCACUUUUCUUACUUGACCACCAGCAAGGUUAAAUUAAAAAAAAAAUAGAAAAAUCGUUUAUUCGCACAUCCUGUUAAAUUAAAAAAAAGUUUAAAAAAUAAUGCAAAAUAUUUGACCACAAUUUGACACACCAUUAUGUGUGUGAACAGUCAGUCGUCCUUGUUAAAGUAAAUACAGAAAUAACAACUUUAGCGAAAUGACACGAGACGGUGAAAUACCAGCUAUUUUUAAUCCAAAACAACAUAGAGUUCGUACACCAUCGGUAGUGGUUACAGGAGAUUCUCCAAAUGGUCCAUACGGUGGCGGUGGUGGUGGUUUUACAAAUAUUCUAAAUACAAGCAAUCCUCAAAUAGCCCACCAAGAUUCAAUAUCUUCAAGCCAAAAUGAUCCUAAUGAAGUUAUAACUAUACAUCCUGAAUCAACCUGCCCUGUUGCAUUGACUAGAGCUGUAAGCGUAGCAGGUGGGGGAGGAGGUGUUGGUGGUGGUAACACUAGCGGUGGCAACGAUUCCGAUACACCCACAGAGCCUGGUCAAAAUGAUAAUACCACAUCACGUUUUCCCCGCCUUAAAGCCUGCAAAGAAACCUGUUGUUCAGAAUUGGCACAAAAAAUGUAUUUUGGUGUAUGUGUUACUAUACUAGUGACCGCAUCAUGGGUUGGUGCCACUCACUGUAUUAAGCUAUUGUAUUUAAAUCGCAGCUCCUAUAUAUCGGCCCUAGAUGAUUUCGAUACAUUAGCUGUUAGCGGUAAUGAUUUGAAUUUGGUCAAUAGUGAUGAUGCGGUUGGAUUAGAUUCUCUCAUACCCAUUAGUGAUACAUCGAUCAGUGUAACCGAUGUUGAGGAUGCAACGAAAAUAUUCCAUGUGCCACCAAAUCCACCCAUGCAAUCGAAUAUAUUUAGUGCACCCUUUUUUGCCGCUUGGUUUUUUACAAAUUUCUCUUUGUUAUUCUUUCCCAUCUAUAUUUUGGGACGAGUUUCGCUGAGAAAAUGUGAUAAGCCAGGCGAAAUAUUGGGUGAUGUGUUGAGAGGUUUUCGUGAUCGAGGAUUUACUGUGGUUUUUCACAUAUUAAUGCAAUUUAGCUCAGCUGUUACAUACAAUAUGUUUGUUACAUUAGGUUUAAUUACAGCAGUUCCUGUUUCAGGAGCAUUGGAUGUUGUUUUAUAUGGUGCUACAUUUGCUGGCAUGAAAUUGGCUGGUGUGAUACUAAUUGCAGUUGGUUUCUUUUUGGUAAUGUUUCCUGAAAAUUGGCCAGAUUAUAUAACCAGAUUAUUAAGAAAAAGUGGUCGUGCUAUACUACGUUACCAAUGUUGUUGUGAAUUAGCUGAAAUUCAUUAUACACACUCGAAAUAUCAUCUUAUUGGGUCACAACGCGAGAUGGGGUCGAGGUCCUCGCCACGGUUCGUUAGCCGGUCAGCAUCCCACCAUUAUAGAUUAUCGGACGGGAUACAUAAGGUCCCAUCUUCGGUCACCCUCUGGCCGUGUGAGAUGACUGAUCUAUCGCCUACCGGUUUUAUACAAAACAAUCACAAUAAACAGCAGCAACAACAACAACAUCAUGCUCAUCAUCAAUCACUACAACAACCACAUCAUUCCUCUUCACAUCAUCAGCAACAUCCUCAACAUUCUAGUCUUUCCCUAUCGUCAUCAGGUGGUGGUGGCGCUGUUGGUAGCGGUCAUCAUUCAAGUAGCCAUAGCAGCAGUUUAAGAGCUCCUCCAGUUGGCAGUGGUGGGGGUCGUUUAUUUUCCUAUUUUGGCAAUGAUCAUGAACAUGAACGUAAAAAGUCGGAAACAUCAUUUUUUAAUUUGGGUUUUCGUCGCAAAUCAACCGUGGUUUACUAUGCGGCCACUGACUAAUACGAACCCCGUUUAUCCAUAAACUCUAUUGGAUGAAUUGAAUUGAAUUUAUUACCACAAACAACUACAUGCAUUGUAAACAAAUCGGUACACAUACAUACAAACAGCCAUCAAGCAAACAAUUACAAACAAAAAAAGGGUAAGAAUUAUACUGUUAAAUAUAAAAUAAAUAAUUAACAAUUUAAAUAUACAAAUACUAACACUUUAAACAAAAAAUUAAAUAUUAAAUAAAUUUGAUGUUAAUUUUAAGAUAAUAAAAUUAAAAUUUGCAAAACAAACUAAAAAUAACAACAACACACAUUCUACACUCUAGAUAAUUGUUAAAACAAGAUAUUGAAAAUAUAUGACAUACAUUAACAGUUAUUGAAAUUAUGCUCAAUUAAAACAAAAACAACAAAAAGAAUAUCAAAAACACAGCCAACAAUCAACCCUUAUAUUUGAAUUCUAUAAAAAUAUAUACCAAAGAAAUAACGUUCAAAAAGGAUCUUCUUAGUUUUGUGUGGCAUAUUUUAAGGAUGUCAAUUUAUUGAGUAGAUGAUAUCUUUACAUAUAAAUAAACCCACAAAAUAUGCUUCUAAUUUCUGUGAUCUACAGUUGUGUUCUCUUCGAAAUUGUACUACAUUUUAAACCCACCAUCAAAAAAGAUGAGGGGUAUAUUGUUUUUGUCAUUCCGUUUGUAACACAUUAAAAUAUUCGUCUAAGACCCAUAAAAGUUUAUAAAUUCUCUGUCUUUAUUAGAUUCUAAUACGAUCUAGCCAUGAUUGUCUUACUGUUGAAAGAGAAGUAGCUGAAAUUUUGCACACAUACUUUUAGUUAAUGCAAUUUGUUUGGCAUUAAAAAUGGGCCAUUUCAGCCCCCAUAUAAGGCACGCUCUAAAAAAUUGCUUUAACUCUCAUAACUGGCUAAAAGAAAUACAUAGAUGCUUCAAUUUGUACAAAAUUUCAGCUCACUAGCAAAUUCUAUAUGAACGCUUAGAGCGGUGAAAUUCGACACAAACCUGUUUUAUAGGAAUCUAAAUCACUUUGUAAAAUUUAUAAGGAAUAGGCUCACGAUUGACCCUACCGCCCAUAUAAAGUCUCCUCCAGAAUGUAACUUAAAUGCUCAUUCAUAACUGUCUGAAAGAAACAUCUACAGAGGCAAUGUUUCACAGGAAUCUAAAUGUUUUCGUAAAAAUUUGUAAAGAUCAGUCUAAAAUUGGUCCUUUUCAGAAAAACACUAACUGAACUAACUGAAUAAAAUUCGACUUAAAAAAGUGUAAUACAAACAUAAAUUAUUUUUCAUAAAUUUUACGAGAAUGGGUCCAUAAUUGGUCAUUAAUAAAGAUGUUUUGAUGGUGGGUAUAUAAGAUUCGGGACUGCCGAAUAUAAUACUAUUAAGGGCACUUUACACGAUCACAUGAAAAAUUAAAAUGAAAUUCCAUCAAAAAAGAGAAUAAAAGUCAUAUGAUUUAUAUUUUUUGUGUUUACACGAUUGGUAUAAAACAAUAACAAAGUAAGAUGAAAAAAGCUGUUUCACUUUGUUUGUAUGUGUUUACAUAAAUUCAAAAAAUGAAGAGAGCUCUCAAUUUGUGAUGUUAUUAUUACGAUCCCAUCCGUACUCUUCUACACAAAAUUUUGACAGAUCAUAUUACUUGUAUGAUCGUGUAAAGCCGACUUUACUUGUCAAUUUUUUUUUUAUAUUCUACACUACUUUGGCUUUAACAUUGCUCUCUUUGAAACACUAACAAUAUUAUGAAAUUCUUAAUAACUAAUUCCUGUAUAAACAUAAAUCACUACCAAUCGUAUUAAUCUUAAAUUGACCCAUGCUAUGGUGUACAUAUAACCUCUUAUAGAAAAUUGGAUUUCAUAACAAAAUUAAGGAAAAAUUCAACAUAAAUUCUUUAUCAAAAGCAGUAGUGGUGCACGAAACUUAUUUCCAAUCAGAUACCGUAGUAACAAACAUUAUACUGUUUAUAUGUAUAGAUAAAUCAUGUUUUUUAUAUACUGAUAUAGGGUAAGAGGGUAUAGGUCUGUCAUCUAUACCUACGUUCCAUGUUCCCAUGACCCAAUUAUUCGCAUUUUAAUUACAAAUCUCAGCAAUUUGUUUUUUAUUCGCUGGUAUUCUUUAGCAAUUGAGGUCUGAGUGGAAGAACAACUAGCGUGUCAUUGUCGUUAUCACUUUAAAGCUAUCAGCUUGAUGUUGUUGGGUGUUAGAAAGUUUUGCUUAUCACUCUCACAAAUAUUACAAAUUACAAUUUUUUGUAAAUAAUAAUGUGAUCUGAUCAAAGUUCAAUAUGCAGCUCAGAUGACACUCUAUAUGCUAUAUAUAAGACAGUUGGAGUCCCUCGGGGUGAUAUACUAGAAAUGAUCUUCACAUGUAUGACAACAACAAGACUCGGAUCCACCUGUUGGGUUUUUUUUUUAAUGUGGGGGGGUGUGGUAUGGAGUGGUAGUGGUUCUCAGUCACAUUACACAUAUUAUGCUGCGAAAUUUUUCUAGGUGUGACCGUGUUUUUUGGUAUUUUGAUUAAUCACCUUGAGAGAGAGGAUUAUCUAUGUGGCACCACAAUAUUACCCCUCUCUGAGCUUUAUCUAUCCUCCUUAGUUAAGUGUUCAUGAAAACUCUUAUGAUUUUAUGAUCGUAACUAAUAAUUUUUGGCCAAUUAUGGAUCUGAUUAGUUUCGUGUGCCCAGUUUAAAGUAACCUCCACACCAGAAGCAUAUCUUUCUUUGUCCUUAUGCGGUUGCCUUAAUGAUGCUUUAAGCGUCUCUAACGAGGCGAGCACUCAAUUACUUAAUAUAUCGUAAAGACUUAUUGUUUUUUGAUAGUGUUUUUACUCAAAUGUUUUCUUCAUAAUAGGUCUCUCUUUUUUGGGUUACCACGUACAUCAUCUCUUCGUCGGUAUGUAAGUUAUCUUCACAUGUCAGAGUGCCGACCAGCAAACUCAGGGUUCCUAGUGGUCGUGUUUCGUUCGUCUGAGAACUCUCGUUAUCCUUAGAGAUUUUAGCACCUGUGCCUAAAACACUGUAUCAUAUUUUUCUUUAAACACUAUGACACUGUCGCAUAUCUGUGUCGGAUGCAAAUUGGGAUGGCGAUAAUCAAUCUUUCUUAUUUCUGAAAUCUUUAAAUUGUUUUGAUCAGGAGUCACAUCUUCUGUCCUGCUCAAUGGAUAAUUCUAGAAUCUUGAGAAUGUUUUACUCAAAGAUUCAAGUUACACAUAUUAUUCAUCCAUUGGUACAAAACAAAUCCAUCAAAAUGGAUUAUCGUAAAUUCAUUCAGCAGCAAUCGAAACCAAUUAUUACACACUGAAUGACAUGAUUAGCCAUACAAAACUUCAGCUGCGAAUUACACAAUCUGUACGUAAUUCAGUUUGAAUUCAAAGGCCAAAUUAAGUAAUUCAGCUGAUCGUGGAAAUAUGGUAAGAGAGUGUGUUUUCUUGCAUUUGCAAUCUUUAUUUUCGGUUCGGAGAAAUUUUUAAUUUUUGAUUUCAAAAAUGUUUGGCUAAGAUUCUUUAGAACAGGUUUUUGAUGAAAUUAAACAACCUCGGUUUUUGUAUUGUGUUAAUUUCAAAACUUUUCCGAUUAAAACAAAUAAUAAUAAAGAACUAUAUAUUUUCAUAUAUAAAAAUUUAUUAAGUUUAUUUUUAAAAACAAAACAGUUUAACUGAAAAAGAAAUCAAAAUUAACUGUUCAUUCAUUCAUUGGAUCUCUAAAAACAAUAUUCAUUCCACCCAUUAAUUUUAUAACUUCAUACUAAAACUAUAUGCCAAUUGUUUAAAGCAAUUAAAAAUAAAUUAAUAAAUAAUAAUAAAACAUUUAAAUUAAGGACACAUAAUAUAUAUAUUUAUAUAACACAAAUCAGUCUUAUUCGAAAAUGAUUACACUCCGAAUAUUUUUAAUUACCUAUUUUAGGAAUUACAAAGUUUAUAUAAGAAACUUAAAAAUUUAAUUGAAUUUUUUAUUUUAAAAAUACAAAUAAAAGUUGAAAGUUAAGAAAUUAUAAUGAUUUCGAAAAUAAAAUGGAAUUUAAAGAUCUGAAAUUGGAAAUUGUGACACAUAGAAGAUUCGAAAAUAGAAUUGAAUUACGAAUAGUUGGAAACUUCUAAAAAAAUAUCGAAAAUCAUUCGGAGCAGUUAACCAUUACUAAUCUCUCUUGCCAUACCAACCAAAUAUUCUACUUUCCAGCCAUUCCUAUUUCACAUAGUUCAAUGAAUUCAUGGAAAAAUUGUUGAACCCACCAACUUUUUAAUCGUUUAUAUCUUUAAAACUAAUUGACCAAUUUCUAUUUGGCAUUAGGCAUCGAAGAAAGUCUCGUGCAUAUAUGUGCAAAAUAACUUUUCUCCGACUAAGUUAAAUUUGUUUUUUGCAAACCAUUCCUGACGAAUGUAUUGUCUUCGAAGCAGAUAUUCUAGCGAUCUUCAAAGCGACGGAACUUAUACAAAAUCAUAUCGAUCCGGGCUUAAUUGUGUCAAUUUAUUUUAAUAGUCAAGCUGCUGUCAGAGCAUAGGCUUAUCACACGGUACAUUCGCGAUUGUAUAAAUGCCCUAAGGCACAUUAUUGGACUCUUUACCAUUAGUGCCGCGACACUGCAAUAUACAAGGUAUUGAGGUUGCGGACUUAAAUCCACCCAUUUGCUAUUACUUUAGGCUGAUAUUCGAAAGAUUCCGCAACAUCAUAAGCCAGUCUUGGAGUAGUCGACUGUAUGGCCAAAACUUGAUAUGAGACUACCAAAAUUGACACAGUCUAAGGAUUCUGAUAAAUAUGCUAAGUUAGGACCUUUGUCGGUUAGUGGGACAUCAAUACAUCGGAUUAUUAAGGUUAUGCGGAGAUGAGGAAAGAGAGUAAAUACAGAAAUGAAUUAGCUACAGUCCUAGAAUACAGAAUCUUGGGCUGAUAUGGCUUUUGUAAUAGGUUGCAUGACGUAAUAAGGGGCUUCACCAUCGCAUUUUACUUGGUUUUGUCAAGGAAUAUGCAUAUUUUUAUGGUGCAUAACCAUUCUAAACUUUACCUAUACUAAUUUAAAUUUUUAAUUGUACAAUUAGUUUUGUAGAUAUAAUUUCUUGAAUUCUAUAGAAGAAACGACAAGAAAUUCGUCAGAGAAGUUGAUAAAAUGAUAGAAUGAUAAAAAAAUUCUGAUGUAUAAUUGGAUUUAUAAGCUGCGUAAACGAGAGUGAUGAUAAUCGCUUCUUUAGUGUCGCCUUUGUAAGCGAAAGAGUGGAAGCUCAAGAAACGAACUAAAGCUUUUUGGUCGUCUCUUCGUAAUCUAUUAGGUGACGAUUGACUUCCUCGUAGAAUAAGUACAUGUUAAAAUAGCUAAUCAACUGGUCACUUAGGAGUAAUCCUAAGUGUUAGGUUAGAUAUUUCGGAACUAUCUGUUACUGUUUAUUAUAAGCAAGUAAUCUAUGUAAACAAGGGUGAAGAUAGACACCUCUUUAGGAUCGCCUUUCUAAGCGAAAGAGUUUACACUCAAGAAACAAACAUAAAAUUUUUGUCCGCUUCUUUGUAGAAUAAGCUCAUAAGCUAGUCACCUGGUCACUUAGGGGUAUUCCUAUGUGGUAAGUCGGUAGUUCGGAACUGUCAGUUACUGUUUAUUAUAAGCAAGUAAUCUUUGCAAACGACAGUGAGGGUAGCCAUAUCUACGUCUAUACGUAAUCUAUGAGAUGACGAGUCAGUCGACACUUAAGUAGCAAUCUAAAGCUUUUUGUCCGUCUCUUCGUAAUCUGUGGGGUGACAAUUGACCCUGGUCACAAUUAGGGGUAAUCCUAAGUGGUAAAUCGAAUAGGUAGUUCGGAACCAUCAGUUAUUCUUUAUUAUUAACAAGCAAUUUAUUUAAACGAGGGUGAAGAUAGUCAUCUCAUUAGGGUCGAACGAUUAGAAACUCAAGAAUCAAACUAUAGGUUUUUGUCCAUCUGUAUGUAUUCUAUGAGAUGGCGAUUGACUUCAUCUUAAAAUAAGCUGAUGUUAAAAUAGUGGGCUAACUCUAAAGCUGAAGGUUCACAUCAUGCGUUUCUACUCAUUUUCGGAUUCUAUGUGCCUGUCAACAAACGUAGAAUCCAUACAUUUGUAUGCUGAAAGUUACAAGCACAAAAGCAAAGAAUGCCUUAACGAGUAGAAUGCUUAAAGUAGGAGUAGCGUUCCAAGCGGCGCACGAGCAUGUCAACUGAUUAAUCUAUUUGAAUAAGAUAAAAUCAGUUAAUUGAUGAAAAAAUAAAUAAAAGCUUUAGGAAACGCGAAGUUUUUUUUUAAAUGCAAAAAAUUUAUGCUUAAAAAGCGUAGCAUGUAACUUAAAGCAUAGAACGCGACUUAUGAAAAGGUAUGACGAAAUUUUCAGAUGUUGUCUCAGGUUUCUAAUCAUAUCUCCGUUAUUUAUGAACCGAUUUUGCUGAUUUUAAAUUCUUCUUCUUAAAAGCAUGUCAAAUUAAAUUAUUGAAUAUUAAGAUACCAAUGAUAUAUCUGCCGCCUUCUGCAAUGAUUAUUAAGUUAACAAUGUUUAUUAAAACUUAUUUUUAUAUGGAAAAAGUGUCUUUAGAAAAUUGCUUUCAACAGACAUCUAAAAUUAUCGAAAAUACUAUAUAGGAUCUGAAAAUUAUAUAUUACACAUUACAAGCAGAAUGACAAACUUAUACAUAAACUUUUCACGAAGUGUAAAAGGUAUAAAGUGAAAUGAAAAUCAUUUAAUUUUGGAGUAGGAGAUCAGCAAUGAUAUUAAUUUGUUUUAAUUAAAGAAAUGACAGUUCUCAAGAACUAAUCAGUAAAAUUGUGUACUCAUUAAGCCCACUCUUAAGUUAAGUGUAAUACUGAGAAAGAAUUUUGAAUCGAAUGAAACCAAUAGAUAUUCGAAUAGGGUCAUAUUUUUAAAGUUUUUGAGAUAAAACUUAACAAUUACUAUUUUGUGAUUUGAAUUCAUCUUGUGAAUAAAUCUUUCGACUUUUUAUACUGUUCAUAUAUUCCAAACAUAUUUCGAACAAUGCAAUCUUCAAGUAUAACUAUUGCGUUGGCAACAUAUCCUGUGUAAAUGUCUGGCCCGAUUUUAGAAACAUAUGAGAAUUAAUUUCAACUUUUGAAGGAAUUGAACUUUGGUAAAAUUAACAUUAUAACUCUAUUAGCGAUUUCUUACAUACAAUUUUGAAUAAGGCUGAUUAUAGAAAGCAAAACAAAAAAAAAACAUUUUGAAUUUUUAAGAAAAUCACAAUAAAAAAAGUACUUAUGUAUACAUUAUUAGAAAGAAAAAUAAACUAUAAAAUUAAAUUAAAGAAAGAGGAAACAUUAAAAAUGAUAAAGCACUUUAGACGCUAAGUAACACAAUAAUAUUUAAUAAUAAGAUAAUAAUAAAACAAUUAUUUAAAUAAAUAAAAAUUAAAUAUGAAUAAAUAAAAAUUAAAUAUUUUUCUGACAAAUUGCAU